GGUUCCCAGGGUGAUAAAGGCCCUGGCUGACUACGUCCACGCCCGGGGCCUGAAGCUGGGCAUUUAUGGUGACCUGGGCAUCUUCACCUGCGGGGGCUACCCGGGCACCACGCUGGACUGUGUGGAGCAGGAUGCCCAGACCUUUGCAGAGUGGGGUGUGGACAUGCUGAAGCUGGAUGGGUGCUACUCGUCGGCAGAGGAGCAGGCAGAGGGCUACCCAAAAAUGGCGAGGGCCUUGAACGCCACGGGCCGCCCCAUCGUCUACUCCUGCAGCUGGCCAGCUUAUCAGGGGGGUCUUCCCCCCAAGGUGAACUACACCGUCCUGGCAGAGGUCUGCAACCUGUGGCGUAACUACGACGACAUCCAGGACUCCUGGGACAGUGUGCUUUCCAUCCUGGACUGGUUCUUCGCAAACCAGGAUGUGCUGCAGCCGGCGGCUGGCCCCGGCCACUGGAAUGACCCGGACAUGCUCAUCAUUGGAAACUUUGGCCUUAGCCAUGAGCAGUCCCGCUCCCAAAUGGCCUUGUGGACGGUGAUGGCAGCUCCGCUCCUCAUGUCCACGGAUCUCCGCACCAUCUCCCCGAGCGCCAAGGAGAUCCUGCAGAAUCGCCUGAUGAUCCAGAUCAACCAGGACCCCCUGGGAAUCCAGGGGCGCAGGAUUGUCAAGGAGAAAUCACACAUCGAGGUGUUCCUGCGCCCGCUGUCCCAGGCUGCCAGCGCCCUCGUCUUCUUCAGCCGGAGGACAGAUAUGCCCUUCCUCUACACCACCAGCCUGGCCAAGCUCCACUUCCCCGAGGACGCCAUGUAUGAGGUACAAGACGUGUACAGUGGGAAGGUCUUCAGUGGCUUAAAGACAGGAGACAGCUUCUCAGUCGUUAUUAACCCCUCGGGGGUGGUGAUGUGGUAUCUCUAUCCCAUAGGGCUCCCAGCACAGCCCUGGCACGUUGUUAGACAGCAAGCCCCCAGCGAGGGUUUCCACCCGGUUCUCCUGUGA